GUGACCCAACCAGGAAGUUUCACACUGACAACAAAAACGCCGAGAGCUCCCCUGUCUGUACUUGUCUGCGGCUAGGAAACCUUUAAACUCAGUCUGUUCCUUUUAGUGUAUAAGCAUGUCUGACAUAUUGAAGAAAAUAAGGAACGUCAUUGGCGAGAAAAAGAAGACGGCUCUUAGUCAGGGCGACCUGCAGAAGUUUGGCUUACAAGGGAUCCAGCUGAGAGCCUACCAGCUGGAUGGGGUGCAGUGGCUGAUUCAGCGCCUCGACGACCAGCAGGGAUGCAUUUUAGGAGAUGAGAUGGGUUUGGGCAAAACCUGCCAGACGAUCUCUCUGCUGGUUUACAUGUCAGGAGCUCUGGGGAAGAAAGGUCCAUUCCUGGUGCUCAGCCCACUUUCUGUCAUGGAGAACUGGAGAAAGGAGUUGGAAAGCUUCUCCCCGUCUCUGAAUGUGCUGUGCUACAAAGGAGACAAAGAGAGACGGGCUGAGAUUCAGGGGGGGAAAGACAUGCAGGACUUCCACGUUCUGCUCACCACAUACGAGCUGUGCCUCAAAGAUGCGUCAUUCUUGAAAAGGUGGAGGUGGAAGGUGCUUGUUGUAGACGAGGCUCACCGACUGAAGAACCAAAACUCUCUAUUACACAAAACCUUGACGCAGUUCUCUGUUGGUUUCAGACUCCUGCUCACAGGGACUCCCAUUCAGAACAAUCUGCAGGAGCUCUACUCCCUGCUGAGCUUCAUUCAGCCCAGCGUCUUUACACCAGAGGAGGCUGAUAAAUUUGUCAACUACUACUCCGAUGUAAAAAGCCAACCUGCUCUGGCCUCAGAGCUUCAAAGCAUCUUGGAGCCCUUUCUGCUCCGUAGAGUUAAGUCAGAAGUGGCUUUGGAUCUGCCCAAGAAGACAGAGCUGGUGGUGUACCACGGCAUGUCAGCUUUGCAGAAGAAAUACUACAAAGCCGUCCUCAUGAGGGAUUACGAGGCUUUUGUAAAUGAGCAAGGCAGCAAGAACGGGCUGUUGAACAUCUUGAUGAAUCUGAGAAAGUGUGUCGACCAUCCCUACCUGUUCGACGGAGUGGAGCCUGAGCCCUUUCAGAUUGGGGAACAUCUCGUAGAAGCCAGUGGAAAACUGUGCCUCCUAGACAGCAUCCUGGCUUUUCUGCAGAAAGGGGGUCAUCGUGUCCUGUUGUUCUCCCAGAUGAAGAGGAUGCUGGAUAUUCUUCAGGACUACAUGGAGUACAGAGGUUAUAGCUAUGAACGUCUGGACGGCUCCAUUCGAGGGGAAGAACGAAACCUGGCAGUGAAGAACUUCAGCAGCAAAGAUAUCUUUGUGUUUUUACUCAGCACUAAAGCAGGUGGAGUUGGCCUAAACCUUACAGCUGCUGACACGGCUAUUUUUGUGGAUACUGACUUCAACCCCCAAAACGACCUGCAGGCUGCCGCACGCUGCCAUCGGAUUGGCCAGAACAGGCCUGUGAAAGUAAUCCGCCUGCUUGCGAGAGACACUGUGGAGGAGAUCAUGUACUCCCGAGCUGUAUCCAAGCUGCAGCUCACCAACGCCGUUAUUGAAGAAGGACGCUUCUCUUUGCUGGACCAGGCUCAGUCAGCUGCGGCGGGUCUGCAGCUGAGUGAGAUCUUGAAGUUUGGAAUAGAUAAGCUUUUAUCAUCGGAUGAGAGCUCAAUACAGGAAGUAAAACUGGAGAAGAUCCUUGGCCAGUCACGCGAUGGCCAGUGGGUGGAUGAUGAUGAACUAUCAUCGUUAGAAGAAGAGGAAGAAGAGGUGGAGGAUGAGGAUGAGCACAAUCACAUGUACUUCUUUGAGGGGAAGGACUACAGUAAGGACCCGAGCUCAGAAGACCAGAAGAGCUUUGAUCGGAUGUUGGAAGAGCAGAUGGCCGAGUUUCAGAAAGCAGCAGGAGAGGGACGAGCUCUGCGCCGCAAAGCUGGAUUUUCACUUUCAGCCGCGUUAGCAAUUCCAGCAAGGAAGAGGAGACCUCUCACUGAGGCAGAGCUGGAGCUCAGGCGACAGAAGAGGCAGGAGGCUGCAGCGAAGAGAGCCAAGCUGAUGGAAGACAAAAAGAAGCAGGAACAAGAAGAAAAACACAGGAAAAAAAUGGCCUGGUGGGAGUCCUGUGGCUACAGGUCACUUUGCCUGCAGCCUGUGGACAGUGAAGAAGAGGAGGAGGAGGAAGAGGAUAACAGCAGUGAAUGCUCCUCUGACUCAACCACCACAGACAUCCACUAUGUUCUGGGCGAUGUUACCCAGCCCCACGCUGCGAGGGGAGAGGCUAUUAUUGUCCACUGUGUUGAUGACUCAGGCCGGUGGGGCAGAGGAGGUCUUUUCACAGCCCUGGAGAUGAGAUCAAGUGAACCGCGGAAGCAGUACGAGUUGGCGGGGAAGAUGAAAGAUUUGGAGCUUGGAAACGUUAUCCUUUUCCCCAUCGACGACAAGCUCUCCAGACUGGACGGCCGAGACCAGUUAGCCCUGAUAGUGGCACAGCAAAGAGACAAAGCCAACAACCUGUCUGGGAUCCUCCUCACUGCUUUGGAUGAAGGACUGAAGAAGAUUUACUCUGCAGCCAAGAAAAACAGCGCCAGCGUCCAUCUUCCCCGCAUCGGUCACUCCACCAAGGGUUUCAACUGGUACGGCACGGAGAGGCUCAUCAGAAAACACCUUGCUUCCCGGGGCAUCUCCACUUUCAUAUAUUAUCACAGCAGAGCUGUCAAGAAAACGGCUUCGCCUCAGACUCCUGAAACAUCAACCCCUUCCCCUCAAGCAGCUUUACUGCACUCAGACGGGCCACCUGAUGACACAGAAAGCGAGGGCCCGGGUCCCUCGACUCCACGCCAAAGCUUCAGCCCUGCAGCGCUGCCCGGCUUCAUGAAGGGAGUCCGAGUAUUUUUCUACAACAUUCCUGCAUCAGAACGCAAGAGGAUGGCCCGCUACCUCAUCACGUAUGAUGGCGACGAGGAGGACCUCAUGAGUGAAGAGGUCACCCACAUUGUGGCAGAGCUGGACAACAACAUCCAAAUACAGGAGCUUCAGGAUCUGGUUGGCCAGUACCAGCAGGCUGUUCCUGUGAAGAAGACCUGGCUGGAGUCCUGCUUCUCCAAGCAACAAAAAGUCAACACUGCACACUUCCAACAUCAGCUCUGAGAACGCAGUUUUAGGAUUUGAUUUUUUUUUUAAACGCAUUUUUAUUUGACAAGCUUUUAGAAAUGCUUGUUGACGUACACUAAAUGCCAACGGAUUUAAAAUGGCUGUGAUUUAUUUAUAUGCGGAGCUAAUAAAUAAACUGUAUCCUUACUAAAUGAACUGAUUUCCAAGAGAAGACGUGGUGUUUUUUUUUUCAGCAGUGUCAACCUGAAAAUUCAAUAUGCUUCACAUUUAAAAUACAUGCUGUAAUAAACUGUUUAUUUGCACUU